GAACCCUUGUGCGGCUCGGACGGACCGUGUUCUCCAGGGCCGUGCCGUGCCGUGCCUGCCGGCGGGAUGGAGGAGCUCUACAGCAAGGCGGAGACCCUCGCUCUUCGGAGGAAGCACAUCGGGCCUUCCUGCAAAGUUUUCUAUGCCAAGGACCCUCUGAAGAUAGUCCGUGCUCAGGGCCAAUAUAUGUUUGAUGAGAAAGGAGAGAAAUACUUAGACUGCAUCAACAACGUUGCACAUGUGGGCCACAGCCAUCCAUAUGUGAUAAAGGCUGCAACAAAACAGAUGGAACUGCUCAAUACAAACUCCCGCUUCCUGCACGACAACCUUGUUCAGUAUGCACAGCGUCUCACUGCCACCCUGCCUGAGAAACUCUCUGUUUGCUAUUUUGUUAACUCUGGGUCUGAAGCAAAUGAUCUUGCUUUACGACUGGCUCGGCAGUACCGUGGGCACCAAGAUGUGAUCACCCUGGAGAAUGCUUACCAUGGCCAUGUUACAUCUCUGAUUGACAUCAGUCCCUAUAAAUUUAAUCAGCUGGGAAAGGACAGCAAGAAGGAGUAUGUGCAUGUGGCUCCCUCUCCCGAUAUCUACAGAGGGAAAUACAGGGAAGACCACCCAGAUCCAGCAAGUGCUUAUGCUGAAGAGGUGAAAAAGAUUAUUGAAGAAGCACAGAAGAAUGGGCGCAAGAUUGCUGCCUUUAUAGCUGAAUCCAUGCAGAGCUGUGGAGGCCAAGUAAUUCCACCUGUGGGCUAUUUCCAGAAAGUAGCAGAGUAUGUGCGUGCAGCAGGUGGAGUGUUCAUAGCUGAUGAGGUCCAGGUUGGCUUUGGCAGAGUUGGGAAGCAUUUUUGGGCAUUCCAGCUGCAAGGUGAAGACUUUGUGCCUGACAUUGUCACCAUGGGAAAGCCCAUUGGCAAUGGACACCCUAUGUCUUGUGUGGUCACAACAAGGGAAAUUGCUGAAGGUUUUGGUGCUUCUGGACUGGAGUAUUUCAAUACAUUUGGAGGCAAUCCAGUGUCUUGUGCCAUUGGCUUGGCUGUGCUGGAUGUAAUAGAGAAAGAAGAUCUCCAAGGAAAUGCCACACGUGUAGGAAAUUAUCUCCUGGAGCUGCUGGCUGAGCAAAAGGAGAAACAUCCCUUAGUGGGAGAUAUCAGGGGUGUUGGAUUGUUUGUUGGAGUGGAUCUGGUGAAAGAUAAGCAAAAGCGAACACCAGCCACAGCUGAAGCCCUUCAUCUUAUUUACAAACUCAAGGAGCAUCAAAUCCUUCUUAGUGCAGACGGACCCUACAGAAAUAUUUUAAAAUUUAAACCACCGAUGUGUUUCACAAUGGAAGAUGCAAAACAUGCAGUGGAGACACUUGAUGCACUUCUUACAGAACUAGAAGAGGCCACUGGAAUGAAGACAGAAAAUAAUGCAUCUACGAAUGUACAGUGUAAAAGAAAAACAAUGGAAGAGAGUUCUCAACCAGAAGGUGCAAGCGAAAGCAUCGGCCACAUGAAUGGAGCUGCCUGCCGACAAGAAAAUGGGAUUUAUUCAAAAAAACGCUCAGUGCCAAGUAAAAGAAUAAGAACAUGAAGAGGGACAGUUUCUUCAUUCAGUUUGAAUUUGUGUCCGUCUUGCUUUUGAGAUGAAGAGUGCAAUAGUCUGAGUCCUAAGAUCUGUUUGAAGCCUAAUCAUGCCUUUCAUAAACUGGCUGAAUUCCUAUUAGCUUCAGUAGGUUUAAAAUACUUUUUCAGAUACAUGAGAACUGUGCCAUGUGGCUUGAAAUCUAGAUGUGACAAAAUGGACAAAUGAGACAAAAAUACCGUGGUGCUGAUGGCAGGCGUGACAUAGGUACACAAACUUGGUGAAAACUGCAGAUUUAUCUAUAUUAUGCAGAAUCUGAUUUGCUUAACUGCCAUAAAGCAAAUGCCAAUCCUAUUAAGUUUAAAAAUAUGUGCUUAAUAUGUUAUUUUUACAAUAUUUUAAAUUUCAAUAUGUAAUAUUGAGAUGUUAAUUACUUCCCAUGUUUUAAUGGCUGAAUUCACUAAACAGUGCUUGAGAAAGAAAUCAUUAUUAUCUUCUAGUGUAACUUAGGUCCUAUGGACCAUAUUCCCAGCGGAUGUAAAUUGCAGUAGCUUUGCUAAUGUCAGCAAUGCUCUACUAAGAGUCUACAAUGCUGUGUGUAGAGACACAAUGUCUAUGCAGGGCACUCUCACUAUAAAUUCAAGGAAAAUAAAGAAUCUAAUUUUCUAUGAAUAAAGCAACUUUUAUAAAUAUUUAAA